AUGGUUUACGCAACGGCGUGCUGUUUUAUUGGGUUUGCGGCUGUCUCGAUUGUCAGGAAAGAAACAGCCACGCAGCGGUUGUUCUGCGACAGACUGCCGCGUGACGUUUGGAAGGUCUGCAAGGAUAAUCUACAAUGCCUAAAGUGUGAGAAGCGAUACAGUGACUGGCGUAGCCUGCGAAAGCACAUGAACUACUUCUGCCACAUGGAGCCGCUCUUCCCAUGUCCCUACUGCUCCCACAAGGCCAGACUCUCUACUCUGCUCAAAUAUUCCGUUAUUAUCGUCGACUCGGACACGUGUUUCGGGCUCGGCGCGGUCACUAAAUCCGAGGAUCUCCUCGUGGAGCAUUCGGGCAAAUCCCUGUUCGUGUGCCCCAAAUGCGGCAAGGGCUACUCCUGGAAGGCGUGUCUUCAACGUCACCUGACCACCGUGUGCGGUACACCGCCUAUGCUUUCCUGCAGCUUCUGCGGAUAUGAGAGCAGUCGCAAGGACGUUCUCUUCAGACACAUGCGUCUCGUGCAUCCGAGGUCACAGGUGCACGGUGGAUCGAAGUAUAAGAGACAGCGGACAUAAACGAAAAAUUAAUUUGUCAAAAUUACCACUUCCGUCUAUAACAAUUUGUAUAGUAAAUUAGUUAUAGGUUAUUGUGAUAACUUCAAAUACUCGAAAUAUUCCCUUUAUUUCCGUACAGACCUAUCACAAUAUCAGGUCAUCCUGAUAUACGUAACUUCUUUGGUAUUUAUGCAUCAAGUUUUCAGAUCGCCUUAUUUCCAUACGUUUUUCUCAUGAUGGCAUAAAGGUUUGUCUUAUAUUAUAACACAUGUUUAAAUAUACGAAAAUGAUUAAAAAAAUUUUUAUAGCUUUCAUUGAGUAUUUUUCGGAAAGAUGUAUGAUUAAUGCGAAAAGAUAUAUAUGUUGUUUAAUUUGUCAUCAAAUUAAAAAAAAGUGUUUAAGAUUGUUAGCAUUUUUAAUAACUAAACUAUACACAGUAAACGUUGUACUACAUGCUCAAAGAGGAGCCAGCUGCAGCUAAGUGCGGAUUUGCGAAAUACAUAAAAUUGUUUAAACAGGACACUGUGUCUAAAUUCAGAACGUGAGUAUCGAAACAUAGCAGAUUGUGGACAUAGCAGUUAUCAUUAUUAUCAAAUGAGCAUGCAAUGAUUAUACACGGUGACCCAUUUUA